GUGGAAAUUUGCCAUGAUCAAAACAACAGCAGGAGUAGCAAGCAGGAGCACCUGUCCAAGAUCAAAUACUCCAGUGCUAUAGAUUAUGCCUUCUGCGCUCGGUUCAGUAUGGGUCAGAAAUUGUGCUGUACUACACCGAACAAGAGAAGAAGUCCUCGUCGACACAGGAGUGCCAGCCCUAGGACGCAGAGGACCCGGGGAGGUGAAAUUGUGAGCGAGCCUGAGCUGCACCAAGGUCACUGCGAGGAAUUAGAAGAUGGAAGCGGCUUCCUGAGAAUGGAAACUAGCACCGGAGAACUCGUACGGAAAGAAUGCUGCCUAGUAGAACAGUGGAGAGCCUCCGUAGCAGGCACACUGGGUUUUGAGGAUUCCCCUGUGGUAUGUACCUAUCCUCUGUACCACUGUAGUCUGAGAUGGGUCGGGUUUAGGCUAUGUCGCUGGCAGCUCAGUGUGGUACAUGACAGACAGAAGAAAUGCUUGGUGUUUGUGAGAUACCAUCUAGAUGUCCGAGGUGCUGUCCACCACACCUCCACCCCUGUCCCCUACCACCAACACCCUGAGGUCCUAGCUAGAAUAGAGGACUCUGCUAUGAAUGUCAUCCACAUAGACGACACCGCCUACUGCUACCAAGACCACAUGGUGGUUAUAGGCAUCUUCAGACUUCCGCCUAUGAUUAUCACAUUCGUGUGUGUAGACCUGAAGGAGAAGAGUAUAGUCUCAUGUUUCGAUGCACCAGAACAAUAUAACAUAGAUGUGCGCUAUAAAAGUGUUAUAAGUCCCGACAAGACAAAGAUUGGUGUGUUGUAUGAGAAACAUGACUCCUGGAAACUCUACCUGUACUCAGUCGGUACAUCACAGAAGCUGAAUAUAAUCGAGUUAUUUGAUUGGACAGGUGCUCCUAUUUAUAAUCUCUGGAUGGGGCCAGGGACCUUGGCCUUUGACCCCAGGUAUGGCUGGUCCCGACUCGCCUUCUGUCGAGGAACCCAUCUUGCCUUCUGGGAUUUGAAAUCUCACCAGCGUUUGCAUCAGAUAACAGUCAGCAAUGCCCGAGACGCCUUUGAGUACGGACUUCCCAUGUACAGUCCUGAUGGGCGUUUCCUUGUUGUUGUCUAUAUUCUUGUCAUUACAGAGGACAGAUUUUCUGUGACAAAGGUGGACAUAUUCGACAGUGACAAUUUAAUCCGUUUGGCCACCUCAUCACAGGAUUGCGUGAUUAAUGGCCUGCAUGUGUGCUCAUGUUUACCCAUGUUUUCAGCCUGUAGUCAACGGCUGGCAGUUGUCUCCAGUGAUGUCCGUCACAGCAACUCGUAUUGUAAAAUGUGUGUAUUUGAAUUACCUCAGCCAAUCAACCUUCAAGAAAUUUGCCGAAUGGUGAUCAUACGAUCUGUCAGACAUAAAAAAUCGCUCCUGAAGAAGCUGCCACUGCCUCCAACAAUACUCGGCUUUCUCACCUUUCAGCCCAUGCUGGAGUGAGAAUUGUUGUAUUCAUUAUUGUAAUUUGAUGUCAGAUAAAAGAAACACCCAGUUUUAUUCCUUUUUUUAAAUGAUGCACAAAUCAGUAUUUAUUUAUUUACCAUCAUUUUAUUAUUAGUGUUUUUUUAUAUGAAGAGUUUGUAAAAAAAAAAACACCUUUCUUGCAAAUAGUUUAUGUUCAGAAAUUUUUUAUUUACAAUUUUUAACUUAUUUAUUGUGAGCUUGAUACUUUACUUUCAUACACUGUACCCUCAUGACUGUGCCAUUUCAGAAGUCUUCAAGGUUGAAGCUUUAUAUGGUCCCAUUGUUUGUACUUCCAUGAUGUGUUACAGGCCCUUAGCCAACAAUAUCAAAGGAAGGAAGGAAAGGGGGGGGGGAGCUUUUUCUGAAAAAGGGGACCUUUUACCAUGAAACCCUCUUGCACCAAUUUUAACCCAGAGCAGAUCUUUUCCUGGCAAAAGGGGUGGUUUGUUUGACGAUCCCCUCCCCUCCUCGGCCUGUGUUAUUUUGUAUUACUAGUCAUUUCCACACAUAUUUUUCAGUGUAUUACAUUUGUACUUUAUGUUCAAAUUUUUAUAAAAAUGACUUUGUAAUAACAAAGAUGUAAUUAUUAGUGCAAACAAUAAGAAGUUUUUUUGUCAGUUCAAGACUGAUUUUUAUACUUAUUGUACUUGACUUGGUACUGUUGAUGUAUUGUGUAGUAUGUUUUCUAUUAGAAAUUGUUUCACGUAUAUUGCCAAGCAGUCCAUUUAUACUGACAUCUUACACAAACAUUCAUGAACUCUUUAAAGUCAGUUUGGUAGUUAAACCCUUAUUUUAUAAUUUCAUUAGCUGCAAAAGACACACACUUGGCAGGAGUAGAAUAUUGAAUUUUUCCGGAUUUUUCAUGGUAAUUUUAAGCAGAUAUAUUUGUGUUAUGUUCUGUAAUCAUACAAUAUUAGUACUGUAUCGAUCCCAGGGUCACUGUUAUAUGCUCAUAUGUUACUUUUAAAUAUUUCUUGAUUUAACUGUGAAGGUGCACCUACAUAUAAGUUUGUCCAAUUGAGUAUUAUUAUUAUUAUUAUUGAAGUCUGUCUUACUCCCAGCCACAACAUAUAAUCCCUAUUUAUGCAAUAUUGAUGUGCAUAGCAGCCAGUAUUAUAAGGAAUUAAGUUACUUAAUAUCUGUGUGAAAGUUUAAAAUGCAGCCUGGAGUGAAAGUGAUUCACUUUGCAUAAAUACAAAACAAAAAAUUUGCAUAAUAUUUGUGAAACCCGAUCUGAUUAAUUUCAUUAGCUAUUUAUUUUUCAUUUAGACCAAGAAGGUAGGUUUGGAAAUAUUGUCUUAACAUCACAAUCCCAAAUCUCUUUUUUUUUUUCAUCUUGGAAAGAAAACUAAGCCCAGAAUACAUGUAUGUGACUGAAUCAGAUUGUUGUCUUUUGUAACACGGUCUACAUCAUGCUGAUGUCACAAUAAAGCAGCAAACAUCAGAUUUUAAAACAGUUUUUACUUGAAAGUACAUCAACUGUUUCAUGUUGAACUAAUUUUUAGAUCAAGUUUAUUUUCAAAAAAUCAUUUUUAGCAUUUUGUGACAUGAAUUAAUGUUGCCAAAAAUAAUCCAGUACCUCCAUACAAUCAUCAUUGCCUUUGACUUAGUUUUGAAUUUCUUGCAGAAGUCAGAAUUUCCUGGAAGUUGGCUUGAACGUUGGCAAUCAAUUAUUAAAUUUCGAUUAAAUUUUUCCAGAUUGUUAGAGUUGUGGCAAAUGCUAAGAUGGGGGGGAUUUAAGGUUGGUUAUUUGAGGGGAAAACGUUUAUUCCUGGUAAAUUUGUUGUAUAUCAGAUUUUCACUAGAAAG